AUGUCGCGCCUGUUUUUCUAUAAUCAGAUCAAAGAAAAUCAGUAUGAGUUGGCCAAUGAAAGAGUGUGCAAUUCAUCACCACUUAAACAUGAAACAGGAAUCGCACUUCCUAGUUCAUAUUUUGAUACUCCUAUAAAAAUUGUCUAUCCUCCUGAGUCUCAGAAAUGCCUAUGGGGUGGUGAGGGUAUUAUUCAAGGCUACUGGGAGAAAAAAAACCAGAAGCUAAGAUUUCCCAAGACAUGGAGUCCUGUUCUCAUGGAAAACGUAUUUCACAGUGAGAUUCUAGACUGUUGGAUGGUUAUAAUAGUAACGGAUAGUGCCCUGAGACAAAUAGAGAAGGCUAGUGGAUUUGAUUUCUAUAUACUCUCGACUCCAGAAUCAAAACUUAAAAGUAGGCUUGGGAUGCAUUUAAAAAGAAAUAUGUUGGUAACGCUCGCAAAGGCAAAGAUGAAUGGUACGAUGAAAGAAAGCUGGGAAAAGUAUUCUAAAUUUAUUAUACCUUUGGAAGAAGCUGAGUGGAUUGGUUUAACACUCGAAGAAGCUGUUAAAAAACAAAUGAAAAUGGAACAUGAAACAUCCAGAAGUCAGCUAAAGCCGCUAAAAUUCAGUCUAGCAGAAAAUUUGAUUGGUAGUUUAAGAAGCCCUGUCAAAGAUGAGAAAGAUAAGGAUGACGAAAAUCCGUCCAGCUUCUCGUCUCGAAUUUUCAGUUGA